CUUUUUCUCUGUAUAUAAUCUUUCAUUUUUUCACUUAUAUCUUCUUUCCUUUUUAUUAGCUUUGCUUACUUUAAGUUUCUUUUAUCAUGUCCGUGCCGACACAUGCCUAUGUGCGGUACCAUGAUGGUGCGAGCGCUCUCGUUGCAGUCGGGCUGAUCCGUGAGUUUUCGCCUCAGUCGGUGAGCGAUGUGGCAAAAAACAAGCUCGUGUAUUGGGCGGAACCAGGCGAAGAGUCCGAGGACUAUUACCCGGCCGAUGUGGUGGUUCUUGGUGUGUCUAAGAAGGACCUCAUCACCUCGAUGGCGAAAAAAAGGAUCGCCGUGCCGCCGACGGAAUUUGAUUGCCCACCGAGCCAGGCCACGUCAGUUGUGGAUCCGAAGCUCGCUCGCCAGGCGGCUCGGGAAUAUAUGCAACUCUCAAAGAAGGCCAAGGAGAUGGCAAUAUUGAGAAAGAAAAGAUCAAGGAGCAGCAGCCAUUUCUCCGAAAGUGAGGAUGAUCUCAUGGAAAAGAGCCUCUUCAAAAAGGAGCAAAGAAGGUGCAAGGUUCAUGAGGGAAAAAAAAACGAGUGCUGUACGAGAAGCUAAAGAAAGAACGGCUGAAGAAUGAAAAAUUGCAGGCGCUGCUGACAACAAAGUUCGAUAUGCUGUUGACAAGGCUACAUGGCAACAGCAGAUUGUCUUCUGUUGCCACUGAAAUGG